UUCUAGGUGCUGGGGACACCACAGGGACAAGACGGAAACCCUCACUCCCCUGCAGCAGACAGACAACAAAGGACAAGCUCUCAACUGCAAGUGGCUCUAAUAACCAGCUUAUUGGGGAAUCUCAACUCAUCGGGACAUAGACUUGAAACGAUUUCAUUUUUCCAGGCACUGCCCUCGACUGUGCCAGGUGGAGGCCCCUUUCCACUGUAAGGAGCAGCUCCCUUCCCAACAUCUGGCCAGAUUCUGAGCAUUCUCCACCUGCCAGGCUGGAACCCCACUGGACAGACUGCAACAGGGAAACGACAGCUCUGAAGAAAAUACAAGGGCACCCACAGUGUAACAGAGAAUGAGAGGCACUGCGGGGACAGUGGCCAGAAGGCCUCUCCAUCACAUGCUGGCAGGAGAGGCAGACCAGGAGCAAGCGCACCAACCACUGAUAAUAAACCCAACGAUUUCAUGAAAUGUGCAUUUAGACAUGCUUCUCAAGAGGGGACCUGUGUAAGUGGAUGAAAUUAACCCGGAUUUGGGGGUGGGGUAUAUACGGAAGAGGGGAGAGGGCUGGCGACCCAGCUCUGCGCACAGCAAGUAGAGGCAGAGAAGGGUGAGCUGGGUUUUGAGUGGAAUUGCAAUCUGUGCUGCGAGGCCCUGAUUUUUCUUUGGCAGUGGCCGGGUGUCUCCCCUGAGGGAAGUUGCCGCGCAAGAGACAGUAAAUAGACCAGUAGCUCCUGGUCUGUCUUCUCCUCCUGCCUCUCGCCUGGAAGACAAGUGGAGGCAGAAGGGAGGCAGGAAGGCGGGGUAGGAAGGCUUUGUCUGUGCUCUGGCCUGGGCCACCUCACUUUGGCAGGAUCCAAGCACUGAGGGACUUUGUUGCUGAAUGGGCAGGAAGUGCACCCCUUGCCCAGGGGAAGUGUCCACAGGGGGCUUGGGCUGGGGGGUUUGCUCCAGGCCUUAAUCCUUUCAACCUGGAUGCAAGAACCUCUGGGCAGAAGCUCGAAAGAUAGGUCGAAGCUGUCAGCCUCUCCACUCACCUUCUGUGCUUUUACCUUACCUCGGUGGCUCUCUCUUGAAACCACAGAUAAUCUUCCUUUGGACACUUUCUCAAACCUCUGUUUAUGCUUCAAACACAGUCUGUGUGGAGCUAACGCCCACUCUGCCAAGAAUUUGGAGAUCAUGGAUAAAAAGAUACUCUAUCUAAAUAUUCACCCUAUUUCGAUGGAUAGAUGUGCUGAUGAAAAGAAGUAAUUUCCAACUUCAUGAUAUUCACUUAGGAUAAUCCAUACUCAAAGUGUUUUCAUGGCAUUCCUGAAUCAGAGGUAUGAUCUCUAUGAAGUGUGGUGGUGCCUGCGGAGGGGAAGGUGGGUGCAUACGGUGGUGUGUUGGUAAAUGUUGAACAAGUGGCUCUCCAGGGGGAAAGAGCUCUGAUUCAUAGCAUUUGCUGAUUUCCAUGGUGUAAAUACUCUCACCCUGGCUGAUUUCAAGCUACCAAUGUGAUGUCACCGAAUGCAGACUUGGGAAGAGAUGCCAAUAAUUGGCUCUCAGGAGCCAGGAGGAGCUGACUCCAGCACACCCCUGGGUGGGCGGCGUACUCCAACAGAGUCCCAGUGGGUUGGAACCUCUUUGUGGUCAGUGCCAAGAGAGAUGGGAGAGAGCCCAAAUGACGGGCAUCACAGCGAUCAAGGGGAAAGAGUUUCAGGGAGGAAAAAGGUUGUGGGCAUUCUCUGCUGCUCAGUGGCAUGGAAGAAAGAGGCUGGAGAAGCUGCUGAAUUUGGCCACCUCCUCUCCUCGUUUCACCCAUCAGCCCCCUGGGACCACCAACUCAAGGCCCUCUGCAGGCCUGGGGCUCUGUCUUAUAAAGGACACAGGUUCCCAUUAGAGGCUCAUUCACUUGGGCAGAAGGAGCAACGGCUGGAGUAGAAAGGACAACAUGUUACCGAGGAGACAUCAUGACAGAAUCUGCUCUAGAAAAGGACCAGGCCUGCCAAAACCGCCCUGGAUCACCAGCGUGAAUUGGGGUGUCAGGAUUUUUUUUUGGCCCCAGGUCAUUGUGCUGGGCAGAAGGGCCACCUCCUCUCUGGCCCAAGUGGGAACUCGGCCCCAGGAGAGCAGCUUAUUUGUGGCUCUUCCCGUGAGACUCCAGAAGACUCCCUCCUGCCAGAUCAGAGUCAUAGCAACUGAGAACAAUGCUGGACGGGCCGAGCGGGCUCUGCACAGGGGCAGGGGGUCUGGGAGAGCAUCAGAAGCUGCUGGGGCCUGUCCUCCCCGAACUGGGCCACUGGUGGGGCCUUUCAUCUCCUGCCUUCCUCUUGGGGCCACUCCGGCAUCCGCCUGCCUCUGUCUCUUCCCACCCACUACCCCCAGUGCGGCAAUUACGGCGCUAAUUAGGACUCUUUGAUCAUCUUUAGAAAUGGCCACAUUGGGGAGGGACGCUGCCAAGCAAUUAGGGGCAGAGAGGCUGGGAGCUCGGGCACCUCCUCGGGGGGUGGGGCUGCAGGGGACCCUCAGACACCCCCUGCCCCCCCUCUCUGGGAGUGUCUGCUCCCAGCAUAGCUGUAAACUCCUCAGGGAAUAGAGGCAGAUGGGAAUCCCGUCCCCUCAUCCGAGCCCUGGAGACAGGGCCAGCCCCUGCUCACCAGGCCCCCUCUGCCUGGCCCCCAGCCCAACCGUCAGCUCUUCUGGCCUGUCCAGGCCCGUUUGAUGGAGCCGCAGAAACAAGGGCUCCUUUGACAGCCAGGGGGGCCUCAGAGCUGGGAUGAUGAGACUUCAAAGGUGAGGGUCAAGCCCACUACCCUGUUCCCUCCCCCAACGCUGGCCCCCCACCUCCUGUGUAUCCCUCCCUGUCUGUCCUCUAUAUAGCCCCCCAAGCCCCAUUCUCUUGUGGGCUCCCGGGAGUUAAGGGCCAGGUGAGGGACUGACCAAGGGAAGCGGGUAAUUUUGAUGGAAGAGAAUAGACUCAGAUGAUUUGGGGGCCAAGAGUUCAGUGCCCAGGGGCAGAAGGGCAGCGUGAGGCAGGCACCGAAGGAUAAGCCCCCGGAAGGUGGACACCAAGGACAGGGUCGCUUGCCCGGCUCCUGGUCGCCAUGCUGCUGGCUGUGCUGCUGCUGCUGCUGCUGCCCCUCUCAGACCCGCGGUUGGCCCACGGGCACCCACUGUACAUGCGCCUGCCCCCCAGCACCCUGCAAGCUCUGUCAGCCCAGGGGACAAAAGUGUUGCAGGCCGCCCAGAGGAGCGCCCUGUGGGCUGUAAAUCGAGUGGCGAUGGAGCUCCAGCACAGACUGCACGAGUGCCGGGGAUCAGGACCUGGGCGCCCCAGGCCUCAAGGCCCCCUCCUCCAGGAUCCACCUGAGCCAGGGCCGUGUGGGGAGAGGCCCCCGGGUACUGUCAACGUGACGCGGGCCCACGGCCGCAUCGUGGGGGGCAGCGCGGCGCCGCCCGGGGCCUGGCCCUGGCUGGUGAGGCUGCUACUCGGCGGGCAGCCUCUGUGCGGCGGCGUCCUGGUGGCGGCGUCCUGGGUGCUCACGGCGGCGCACUGCUUCGCGGGCGCCCCGAACGAGCUUCUGUGGACGGUGACACUGGCCGAGGGUUCCCGGGGUGAGCAAGCGGAGGAGGUCCCCGUGAACCGCAUCUUGCCCCACCCCAAGUUUGACCCGCGGACCUUCCACAACGACCUGGCCCUGGUGCAGCUGUGGACCCCGGUGAGCCGGGCAGGGGCGGCGCGCCCAGUGUGCCUGCCCCAGAGGCCCCGGGAGCCCCCUACAGGCACUGCCUGCGCUAUCGCGGGCUGGGGGGCCCUCUUCGAAGACGGGCCUGAGGCUGAGGCGGUGAGGGAGGCCCGCGUGCCCCUGCUCAGCGCCGACACCUGCAGAAGGGCUCUGGGGCCGGGGCUGCGCCCCAGCAGCAUGCUGUGUGCGGGCUACCUGGCCGGAGGCAUCGAUUCGUGCCAGGGUGACUCUGGAGGCCCCCUGACCUGUUCUGAGACUGGCCCCCGCCCCAGGGAGGUCCUGUAUGGAGUCACCUCCUGGGGGGACGGAUGCGGGGAGCCAGGGAAGCCCGGCGUCUACACCCGUGUGGCCGUGUUCAAGGACUGGCUUCAGGAGCAGAUGACGGCCCCCUCCAGCCGCGAGCCCAGCUGCAGGGAGCUUCUCGCCUGGGACCCACCCGAGGAGCCGCUGGCAGCCGCUGCCACGCCCUGCGCCUUCUACGCCCACUUGUGCCCCGGACCACCCGGCGCCUGUGCGCGCCCGGCGCACCAGCAGUGCCUGCAGCGCAGGCGGAGAUGCGAGCUGCGCUCGCUGGCCCACACCCUGCUCGAGCUGCUGCGGGGCGCCCAGGAGCUGCUCGGCCCGCGCCCGGGGAUGCGGCGCCUGGCCUCGGCCCUGGCUCGCCCGGCUCCGUGGCUCCGGGAGUCUGCCAGGCACCCCGUCCGCGAGCAGCGGCUGCACCCAGGAUCGCGGGCUGCGGGCGCUCGGUUCCCGAAGCGGAGGCCCGAGCAGCGCGGGGAAGCGAACGGCUGCCCCGGGCUGGAGCCCCUUCGGCAGAAGCUGGCCACCCUCCAGGGCACCCAUGCCUGGAUCCUGCAGGUCCCCCCAGAGCACCUGGCCAUGGACUUCCAUGAGGUCCUGGCAGAUCUGGGCUCCAAGACGCUGACCGGGCUCUUCCGAGCCUGGGUUCGGGCGGGCUUGGGGGGCCGGCACGUGGUCUUUGGGGGCCUGGUGGGCCUGGAGCAGGCCACGCUGGCUCGCAGUCUUCCCCGGUUGCUGGUGCAGGCCCUGCAGGCCUUCCGCUUGGCCGCCCUGGAGAAGGCAGAGCCCGAGGGACCCCAGAUAGGUGCAAGGCAGGAGCGGGGGCUGGGGAGGACCAGCCACCACCCACUCAGCCCUCGUGAUCCCCCAGCCAGGCCAUGAGCCCUGGUCAGGACUUACUGCUCCUAGGGGCUGGGAGGGGUUCAGGGAGCACGAUGACAAACUGUCACAGCCAUCGUUGGCUGGUGGGUGAGGGUGGGGUGGGAGUCCCAGGCCCCAUGUGUCUUCCCAGAUUUGCCAUCAGAAAAUCACAGCUGCUCUAAUAAACAUUAUUUAU